AGAGCGUAACCAGGUAGAUUUGGACCGUAUCGCUGCUGGCCUUGAUACGAGGACAACUGUGAUGAUUAAAAACAUCCCGAACAAAUUGUCGGACCGCGACUUGAUAGAGUUCAUUGGACGAGUAUGUCCACGUAAAAUUGACUUUUUGUAUCUGAGGAUGGAUUUUCAAAAUGGAUGCAACGUUGGUUAUGCGUUCGUAAACUUCAUCCGUGUCGAGGAUCUUUUACACUUUGCCCGUACCAAGCUCGGCGUCAAAUGGAAUAUGUUCUCUUCUGAGAAGGUGCUCCAGAUGAGCUACGCUAAUUAUCAGGGGAAGGAAGCGCUUGUAGAGAAAUUUAAAAACUCAUGUGUGAUGGAUGAGCGCGAGUCCUGGAGGCCGAAAAUUUUCUAUAGUGCGGGACCACUCCAGGGAAUGCCCGAACCUUUCCCGGCGCCAACACACUUUAGACGUAAGGAACGCUCUGCACAGAAUCGUGGUGCGCUUUUCCUGCCUGGUGCACAUAGUGCCGGAGCCGGGGACAGAGUAGAAAGAGGAACGGGCACGCUUAGUUCUCCGUUCCGCCGGCCAAAUCAACACCCACAAAACCUGGCGAGGCAUGAUCGCUUUUAGAUCACGACGUACUCAACUGCUUCUAUGUUGCACGGACUUGCUCGACACGCCAAGGAGUGCAUAUGAACUCUGAAUCGAAUCUGUCUUACUAAUUCCAGGCCCCUUCCCGGUUCUGUGCCCGAGUCAUUCUACCUGUUUAUUCUUUCAUCUAUCUGGCUCCUUUUCUGAGGUCGAUAACUGCAAACAACAAUCCCUCCUUAAUGCGACUGCCAUGAAACAGCAUUUUUUGUUACCGACAGCUCAUUAAUCUACUGACUCUGGUUAAUAGAUUCCUCGAUCAACUUCUCUGAAACAUAAAUUCAUCGAGAUCGUUAAUGUGCUCCUCGUGCCUAGCAAUUCGAACUCCAUUCGCUGAUAACGAUGCUCCGCGCGGCUGCGAUAAUGUAUAGCGAGACUGCU